UCCAAGGCUGCCAGACAGAUCAAGGAUAGAGUCACAAUGGCUUCAGCCUUUCGCCUUUCUUUGAAACCAAAGGUCAGUGACAACAUGACUCACUUAAUGGUGGAUUUCUCUCAGGAAAGACAGAUGCUGCGAACUUUGAAGUUUUUGCCAGUCCCCAAAGCUCCAGAGAUAGAUCCAGUAGAGUGUUUGGUGGCUGACAACUGUGUAACAGUAGCUUGGAGAAUGCCAGAAGAAGAUAAUAAGAUUGACCACUUUAUACUGGAAUAUAGGAAGACCAAUUUUGAUGGACUUCCACGUGUAAAGGAUGAGCGAUGCUGGGAGAUAACUGAUAAUAUUAAGGGUACUGAAUAUACACUAUCAGGUAAAAUGACUGUAUUUCAGGAAUCAUCACUUAACUUCAGUUUGGAUAACUCGUCAUCCCAUUUGAACCUGAAAGUUGAAGAUUCCUGUGUAGAGUGGGAUCCUACUGGAGGAAAAGGUCAAGAAAAAAUUAAAGGAAAAGAGAACAAGGGCAGUGUCCAUGUUACUUCACUGAAGAAACAUACAAGUGGUACACCGUCCCCCAAACGGACAUCUGUAGGCUCCAGGCCACCAGCAGUAAGAGGCAGCAGAGAUCGUUUUACGGGGGAAUCAUACACAGUGCUGGGAGACACUGCUAUUGAAAGUGGACAACAUUAUUGGGAGGUCAAGGCCCAGAAGGAUUGUAAAUCCUACAGCGUGGGAGUAACAUACAAAACUUUGGGGAAAUUUGACCAGUUGGGAAAGACAAACACUAGUUGGUGUGUCCAUGUCAACAACUGGCUACAAAACACAUUCGCAGCAAAGCAUAAUAAUAAAGUCAAAGCUUUGGAUGUUACUGUUCCUGAGAAAAUAGGUGUAUUUUGUGAUUUUGAUGGGGGUCAGCUUUCUUUCUAUGAUGCAAACUCAAAACAGUUGCUGUAUUCCUUUAAGACAAAAUUUACUCAACCAGUACUACCUGGUUUCAUGGUUUGGUGUGGUGGACUUUCUUUGAGUACUGGGAUGCAGGUUCCAAGUGCUGUGAGAACGCUUCAGAAAAGUGAAAAUGGAAUGACUGGUUCAGCAAGCAGCCUGAACAAUGUUACUCAGUAAUGUCUGAAUAUGUUUACCCUCCCUCUUGCUUGGGUGGCCUUUUCUGUGCAGUUACUAAUCACAGAAAUUUGUGAGUGGUGAAAAUCAGGUUUUGUAUGUUCUACUUUGAAGCCUGGAAUCUGUUAGCAUUAAGCAUCUAGU